ACGUGCAGACAGGAGAUAAGUCAGAGCUAGUAGUGGAGUUGGAGUUAAGAUUUGUGAAGCUGAAGACAUGAAUUAGUUCUUUGAGUGGAUUUUUGUUAAAUCUGUCGAUGCUCGCAGAGCUCAGAGUGGCCGUGAUAGCAUCACAGUGAAAACUGACUGAAACGGCCAUUCAUGAUUUGAUCUUGUUUUUUAACUUCUCAUCUUGUUUAGCUCAACUUUACAGCCUCAGUCAUGGAGUCUGCAGAUGGCCAGCGGGGACGGGACGGCGGUAGUCUGAGGCGUUCACCUCUGGAUGUCCUUAUGAGUCAGAUUCGCAGGAAACGCUCGGCCACAGACAGGAAGCCACUUGGACGCUUCCUGUCCUGGUCCUCUGAUCGGACCGGUAUCUCUGAGGAUGCAGAGACAGAGGGACGGGAGGAGAGAGGACAGAGGGAAGGUGUGUCUGAUGGCUCAGAGAGCAGCUGUAACAUGGGCUGGGGUCGAGUCUGUGUUUUCCUGCAGAGGCUGGGGAAGAAAGCAGACAGUCGAAGCCUCAGCCUUGCUCACUGUGACCUCACUGCUACAGACCUGCUGGAGCUAGCCACACUGCUUCAGUUUCUCCCUCAGCUCGAGGAGCUGGAUGUCUCCUGGAACGAGCUGAUUGGUGGAUGUCUGAGAGCGCUGACCUCUCACCUCCAGCACGUGGGCGGGGUCAGGGUGUUAAAGCUCUGCAGCAGUAGGUUGAAUACUGAUGACAUCACCGCUCUAGGGGAAGCUCUCGGCUGCCUGCCUCUCUUGGAGAUCCUGGAUUUGUCCUGGAACAGUGGUAUUGGAGGUGGUACUUUGCAAGGCCUGCUGGGUAAUCUUCAACCGUCACUGAGGGAGCUCCACCUGGUGUCCUGCCAGCUUAAUGCAGCUGAUGCUGUUGCACUAGGAGGACUGGUCUCCUCUCUCCCCUCACUCUGCAUGUUGGACGUCUCCUGUAAUCCUCACCUCUCACAGGAAGUCAACUGCGGCUUCAUGGAGCUCGCCUCCUCUCUAUCUCAUGCCUCCUGUCUUACAACACUCCGACUGCAGGCCUGUGGUCUGACGGCUGACAGCCUCGAAGCUCUCGCUGGUUCACUCCACUGCCUCCUCUCAGUACGAGAGUUGGAUUUAUCCUGUAACAAAGGUCUUUCUGGAGGACUGAACCACCUUACCCCACACCUGGCUCACCUCACUCACCUGGAGAGCCUCAACCUGCACCUCUGCUGCCUUACACGUGACGACCUGGACGCUCUGAUCCAGGUGCUUCCCUCUUUGACGGCGCUGACGGAGCUCAAUGUAUCGUCCAAUAAGGAAGUAGGAGGCGUGGUCCAUCAAUUGGUCUCUGCUCUCCCUCUUACACAGAUGAGGCAUAUUCCACUUAACAGCUGUGGCCUGAACAAGGAGUCCUUCACUGCCUUUGCCUUGGCCGUGCCAUAUCUUCACAGCGUGGAUGUUUCAUGGUGUAAAGUGGUCGGUGGUCAUUUAGCUCUGCUCCUAGAUGCUCUGCAGCCAUCAGUUGUCCUGGAGCUGCGACUUAGCAGCUGUGAACUCACCACAGACGACCUCUAUCACCUCGCUGCAGCAUGCCAACGCGGCUCCCUGUCCUCUCUACGUCUGUUGGAUCUCUCCUAUAACGGCUCUACUGGUGACGAAGGCUGGUCCACUCUGUUUGCAGCUGGAGGUCUGAGCUCUCUGGAGGAAGUCGACCUGAGCCUGCGACCUUCGACCUUGGCUCCGAGCUCAGCCUGGCUGCCAGCGCUGCUCUGCGCUCUCCCUCGUCUUCCUGCACUGACUCGCCUGGGUCUGCAACGGUGGACAAUGACCUCUCAGGAGAGACAACAGCUGAACCACAGCCUGAGGAAGAGGAGCGUCCUGCUGGACUGGGACCCACAAAGUCAGGAUAUGAUGUCAUCGUUUAAGGCGUCCAAUCAGGAGAAUCUAGAGGAGAGUCAGCCAGAGGAGUAGGAAAUCUAGAUCCUGGAUUAAAUCUGAUUUUAUAAGGCACUAACAAAUGAAGAAGCACUCUUUACUGCACUCUGAGAUUCAAACAGAAAAAGAGACUGAGAGAUAAACAGAUGUUUUUGUGAUUUUGAAAACUUGAAGGAUGAUAAAGCACUGGGCAUUGGGCGUGAGGUGGGGUACACCGUGGACUGGUCGAAAAUAAUAUUUUGAUUUACAAAAUUUAACAUUUUCAUGAACUGCACCAUCACAUUAUGACAUACAGAAUACUAAUGUAAAUACAAAAGGGAAAUAUUUGUUUCUUCUAGAUAAAU